GCUAACCCCGAGGAGAAGUGUGCGAGAUCCCUUGCCAGUCCGUCGCCAUAACCCGGAAGAGAUUGAGAAGCGAGUUGGGCGGACAAGAUGGCGGUAGCCGUGCGCACUCUGCAAGAACAACUAGAAAAGGCGAAGGAGAACCUGAAGAAUGUGGAUGAGAAUAUCCGCAAACUGACCGGCCGCGAUCCGAACGAUAGCAGGCCUGCACCUGCAAGAAGACUGACUGUCACAGGCCCAAAUGCGAUUGGAGGUAGAGGUCGUGGUGGCAUUGUGCUACGGCGUGGACUCUCUGAAGGUGGAGGAGGACCCCCAGCCAAACAGCGGGACUUUGAAGGUGCACUGAGCAGGCUGGGCGGGGAUCGUCGGCAAAGGAGAGAGUCACGCCAGGAAAGCGACGCUGAGGAUGAGGACGAUAAAAAACCGGCGUUGCAAUCCUCCGUUGUUGCUACCUCCAAAGAACGUACACGUCGAGAUCUUAUCCAGGACCAAACUAUUGAUGAAAAGGGAAAGCAGAGAAAUCGGCGAAUAUUUGGCCUGUUGAUGGGUACCCUUCAAAAGUUUAAGCAAGAAUCAAAUGUUGCUACAGAAAGACAAAAGCGACGUCAAGAAAUUGAACAAAAGCUCGAAGUGCAGGCAGAAGCGGAAAAGAAAAAGGUGGAAAAUGAACGUCGAGGGCUUUUUGAGGAAAGACGGGCCAAGCAAACUGAGCUGCGACUAUUGGAGCAGAAAGUUGAGUUGGCACACUUGCAAGAAGAGUGGAAUGAACACAAUGUCAAAAUUAUCAAAUAUAUAAGAACGAAAACAAAACCCCACCUAUUUUACAUACCUAGCAGGAUGUGCCCACCAACACAAAAAUUGCAUGAGGAGUCGCAGAAAAAGAUGAAUGGUAUAUUUGAAAAAAGACGAGCUGAAUUUGCUGAACAUUUAAACAAAAUGGAAGCUAGGCCUAGGCGCCAUUCCAUGAAAGAAAAAGAUGAAGAAAAGAAGCAAGCCGAUGAAAAUGAAGAACAGAAGGAGGAUCGAGAAGAUGGUAAGGUGGCUCGGCAUGAGAGAGUUGAGGAGCCAGGUAAUCUGUCUAAUGACAUAGAGAUGGAGGACACCUUUGAGGAAGAGAAGGAUGUUGUUAGGGAUGUAGAGAUGGUGCAAGAGACUAGCCUUAUGGAAGAUGGUGAAGAUUCUAAAGUUGAGGAGAAGAUUGAGGAAGAAGGUAGAGUUGUAGUAGAGGAGCCCCAGAUCAGUAAAUGGGAGGAGCAGGAAGCCGAGGUUGAGGAGGAAGUAAAGGAAGAGGAGGGACAGAAAGACAGUAUGGAUGAGGAUCAUCAGGAGGCAGCAGAUGUCAGUCAGUCAACAGGCUUGGAGUUAGCAGAUGAGACUAACCAAAGUAAAGAAGUAGAAAUUGAGGAGAAAGCAGAUGAAGGUUCAGAUACUAAACUUGAUGAAGCUGAAACAGAUAAAACAAAUGAGCCAGAACCAGACACAGAAACUGAUUCCACAGAAAAGCAAGAGCAGGAACGUGAGCCAGAUCGAGAGCAGGAACGUGAGCCAGAUCGAGAGCAGGAACGUGAGCCAGAUCGAGAGCAGGAACGUGAGCCAGAUCGAGAGCAGGAACGUGAGCCAGAACGAGGGCGGAAACGAGAGCCAGAUCGAGAGCGGGAACGAGGGCCAGAUCUAAUGUUCCAGCCACCAUUAGAUUAUGCACCUCAAACAAGGCUGGAAUCAAAUUAUCAUGUGGAAGAGGAACGGGUGGUGGAAAAAGAGGAAGGUGUAGCAAUAGUUGAGAACACACCUGAGAUUCAAGUAGAGCAACCUCAAAUUGCCUCAUCAGAACACAAAGAGAAGAAGAGCAAGAGCAGGGGGAGGACGAAGAACAAAGCGGAGAAAAGUAGGAGUCGUAGUAGCAGCAGCAGUAGUUCCAGCAGCAGUUCCAGCUCAAGCAGCAGUGGAAGCAGCUCUAGCAACAGCAGUAGUCACAGCAGUUCAAGCAGUAGUAGCAGCAGCAGUGGGAGCAGUAGCAGAGACAGUAGUAGCAGCAGCAGUAGUAGCAGUGAAAGUAGAAGCCGGAGCAGAGGGAGAGGAGGGCAUGUUAGAGACGAGAAACGCAGGAGGAGCACGGAGCGAAAGCGGCGAGAUACAUCAGGAGUAGAAAGGAGUCACAAGUCGUCUUCGAAAGUCAAUAGCAGAGACUCCAAAGGAUCCAAGGACAAAGGCUCAUCAAGGUCUGACCGCAAGAGGACAAAUUCGGAAGGUAGCCGGUCAGGCAAGAGACCCUCAAGGAGUGAGAGAGACCGUAAAUCAGACAGGAAAGACAAAAGGCGUUGACAGAUUCCUUGUUUCUGGACUGUAGUUGCUCCAUGGUGCUCCCUUAACAAUAGCAUGGUACUAAUUGUUUUGGAAAGCACAAUUUAUUUUUAUUUUAUUUUUGCAUAAUUUUGUAAUCUUGGUGGUUUAACAUAGAUGUAAGCUCAGAUCUUCAAAUAAAACCAUAAAAGAUUUCUCUCCCA